AUAUGACUCUACUUUCAACUUGAAAAAAUGGAAAACAGUCGUGCGAUUUGGAAGUAUUGGAAAGCUUUCAUUUUAUGUGUUUUUCUUCAGUUAUCAGUUUAUGGGUCAAAUGGAGAAUACACUUACGGAACUGUCACAUGUAAAGACCAGAAAUGUUCAUACCGGCCAAAUGCUUUGGACUUUAAGGGAACGGCCUGUGGUACCUAUAAUGACACGCUAAUUCAAACAGGAUGGGGGAUCCUGGAUAUUGUUGGUGGGCAGGGAAAUGAUGAAGACCUGGACAUCAUGUUUGGUGCAGGAUAUCUAGAGGGCGUCUUCACUGCAGAGAGAAUUUGGCAGCAUUACCAGAAUUUGAAGGAUUUUUUCUUGAGUCAAAGAAAAGAAGAUGUGGUGAAGAAUCUUGCAAAAUGGUUUGAUCAACAGAACAUGUGGAUGAGGAGUAUGAUCAAAAAGAGUUCAAAUGAUCCCCUGUGGAGGCAUGUAGGUCUCAUUAUGGCACAGUUUGAUGGACUGGUAGCUGGAUAUAAGUCAGUGGCAAAGUCUGGGCAGGAUCUGGAUGUUUUUGCUUUCCAAGUGUUGAAUGGGGCUGGUGACCUGCUUGACCUGCUGAAUGUCCUUGACCCGUCCUCAGCGGCAGACUGGACCAAGAUGACCCACAGCCAGGUUCUGUCUUAUGUACAGGACAGGGGCAUGUGUUCAGCUCUUAUCAAG